UUUGACGGACUGCAAGUCAACAGACUUGAAAAAAAUUCUGGUGCUGGAAGAAAAAAAGGGAGGAGCAUAAAAAGAGAGAAAAGCGUCCAAAUCUGCAAUCUUACACUGGAGAACGGAGCGGCAAGAAUCAAGCUUUUCCGAGAUUUUUGUGUGACAUUCAUCCAUGGAUGGAUCGCUGAUAUUGGGCAUUUUUCAGCAUUGGACGUAUUCAGCUCGUUCUUUCAAUACAUUUUCUUCUCCCGAAGGAAUCACACUGAUUCUGUCUGGCAAUAGAAUUGGAAGCCUGAGCAACGCGCACAAAAGGUUCCUGUCAUCGCUGCUGGGAAUUUUCAUUUGAGAAGUCACAGUGGAGUAGUGCUCGGGAAAACAAGCGGCAAUGGCGAUCACAUGUGAGUCGCUCUCCUUGCAAACCGACGACCGAGAGCUACAGAAGGCAAGUGAACAAUCGUGGAAAGACAUGACUGUGAAUUUCGUCACGAGGACCAAAGUCCACGGUUUGAAGUUUAUGUUCUCGCCACACAAAUCCAAGGUGCAGCGGGGGGCCUGGGUGCUGGCCUUCCUGGUCAGCGUGGCCCUCCUCCUCACCUGGUCCAGGAACAGAGUCCUCUACCUUAUGUCCUACCCGGCUGUGACAAAGAUCUACAUGGUGUGGGCUCACAACAUGUCCUUCCCAGCCGUCACCUUUUGUAACAAGAACGUGUUCCGCGCAUCCAGUCUGACCAGGGAUGACUUGUACCACAGCGGCUACUGGAUGGACCUCAUGUACGCCAACCACACGGUGGUGGAGAGGAGCUUAGCCAUCCUGAAGGAGAGCCACAAGCAGGGUCUGCUGAGCCUGCUGGACUUCAGCGGCUACAGCCGGCCGCUCCGUUACCGCGUCAACACCACCGAGAUGAUGGCUCGCCUCGGACACCAGCUGGAGGACAUGCUGCUGGGGUGCAGGUUUCGUGGUGAGAUCUGCACCACCAAGAACUUCAGCACUAUUUACACACGCUAUGGGAAAUGCUACACUUUCAACUCGGGACUAGACGGCAACCCUUUGUUGACCACCUUGAAAGGAGGCACGGGGAACGGCUUGGAGAUCAUGCUGGACAUUCAGCAGGAUGAAUACCUUCCUGUCUGGGGGGAGACAGAUGAGACCUCCUACGAAGCGGGGAUCAAGGUUCAGAUCCACAGCCAGGACGAGCCACCCUUCAUUGACCAGCUGGGAUUUGGCGUGGCCCCUGGUUUUCAAACUUUUGUGUCAUGUCAGCAACAACUGCUUCAGUACCUCCCUCCGCCUUGGGGAGACUGUAAGUCGACUCCCAUCGACUCGGAGUACUUCUCCACGUACAGCAUCACCGCCUGCCGCAUUGACUGUGAAACUCGUUAUCUGCUGGAAAAUUGCAACUGCAGAAUGGUCCACAUGCCAGGGACCUCCACUGUGUGCACACCUGAACAGUACAAAGACUGCGCUGACCCAGCCUUAGACUUUUUGGUAGAGAAAGACAACGAUUACUGUGUGUGUCAGACCCCCUGCAACAUGACUCGCUAUGGCAAGGAGCUGUCCAUGGUUAAGAUCCCCAGUAAGGCAUCUGCCAAGUAUCUGGCUAAGAAAUUCAACAAAACUGAGCAGUAUAUUGGAGAAAAUAUUUUGGUUUUGGACGUCUUCUUCGAAGCUCUGAAUUACGAGAAGAUCGAGCAGAAGAAGGCGUACGAAAUUGCCGGGCUUCUCGGUGACAUCGGAGGACAGAUGGGUCUGUUUAUAGGAGCCAGCGUGUUGACAAUACUGGAAAUAUUCGACUACCUAUAUGAGGUAAAUACAGUCUCCCCGAAAGUAUUAAAUUCUCGAUAUGCCACCAUGAAGGCCAACGUUAAAAAACGACCACAGCGCUGUCAAAGUGACAACCUGGAGUUUCCAGAGAACCCAAGCAGCCCUGGUGUCACGCCUAAUCAUGCCCCCAGAGCACCUGUGACACACUCCGGAGUCACUCGGACAGUCUUGGAUUCACGCCGAACAUGUUACCUCGUCACCCGACUCUAGGCAACUUUGAGGAGUUUGCUUGUUGACAACCUAAUGUUUGUGUUUUUUUUGAGGGAGGAGGGUGGGGGGACUUGACAGCAAACUGUGAAACAAUUGGUAUAUUUAUCAGAGAAAAACAAGGUUGAAAUGUACAGUACUUUAUCAAUGCCUGAAUAGAAAUAGAAUACUAUCAUCAGAAAAAA